AGCUGGUUAUUUUACUGUAUUCAAAAGUGGAUUGGCACACGGUUUUUCAGGAAACAAGAAACCAGGUAGGUUCACUCCAUGAUAUCCUAAAUUUCUAGUGUAGACAAGCCCACACAUUUUGGAAAACAGAAAUCAGGUGGGUCCUCAUGUGAAGAAAGCAAAUUACAUAUAGAAAUUAACUGGUGGGAACACUGUGAAGCUUUAUUUGAAGAGUCAAAAGUAGGGAACAGUUGCUAGAAGUUAUCAUCAAUGAUCUAGAAUCUGAUCAGAGGUACAGUGUUCUAGAAAACUUUUGCCACUUACAGCAAGAGUAUUCUUUAAGUACACCAGAAGACCAUUUUGGUUUUUGUAUCUGUUUAUGAAAGUUUCGAUUGUGUACGAGUUGCAAUUCAAUUAAAAAGUGUUGGAAUUAUGGAGACUGGGGGUCACAGGUGGAAGGUCAUAACUCUGCCAUCAUCAUUAGGGAAAAAGCAUGAACCAGAGCUUGAGAGAGAAACAGGGGAAAGAAGAAGAGGGAGGGACAUUCUGGUGGCCGUUGAUCAUGGACCCAAAAGCAAGCAUGCAUUUGAUUGGGCCGUUGUGCACUUCUGUAGGAUGGCUGAUACACUCCAUCUUGUGCAUGUUGUUUCCAAACCCAAUUUCUAUUUGUUAUGCGGUUUUCUUCAAAGCUCAGAUUCAAAUGAUGAGAUCUUGUUCAACGCUACACAAAGUCUAAUGGAAAAGUUAGCAAUAGAAGCAUAUGAUGUGGCUAUGGUGCAAACGGAAGCCAGGAUUUUGGAAGGUGAUGUAGGUAAGGCGAUUUGCAAUGAAGCUGCAAGGAUCAAGCCUGCUGCAGUUAUAAUGGGAACGAGAGGCCGGGGGAUAAUCAAGAGUGUGCUGCAAGGGAGCGCAAGUGAGCAUGUCUUCCACCACUGCAGCUGUCCUGUAGUGAUUGUUCCUCCAAAAGAGUCUGGAGGCCAAUCAGUCGUAUAGAGUUUGGAAUUUUUCUUCUUCAAGAACACAAUGGGUGUUGGUACACUUUAUAGCACUUUUGAGCUAAUGGUGAGCUGUUCUAUCAGCUUGCUUUUAAUUGACUGUGUGUAUAUUGAUGUAUAUAAAGGGAAUGAUGGCUUUCUGCAUCGUGGCCUAGGCAGCAGACCUAUUUGCCAUUUGGAGCCCCUUGUUGGGGACAAGGAAACAUUUUCAUUUUACCCAUGGUCCCAUACACAAUUUUAAUUUUGCUCCUCCACGUACGUUUGAAAUCUUUAUGAUCCUUAAUACUUCUACAGUGUGUUAAGAUUUAUGCACCGAUGAACAUAGUUUGUUGUUUUAUGUUACGAAUUCUCUAGUAUUUGGACAGAUGUUUGUAAAGUAUAAAGUUAAUUAUCUAUUACAUAAAUUGAUUGAUAUUAAGCAUGCAA